UACGUCGAUCGUUUCUGUCAAGCCUUGCCGGCGAUGAAAUAAUUUUUAUUUAUUUUCUAAGAAGAAAGUUAAAGACAUCCCGGAAACAAUUUGGCAAUAUAGUAGAAUUAUACUAGUUCUACUUUUAAAAUGUACUUUCGUGCAUUUUUAUUAGUAAGCAUCCUAGCAGUAGGCAAUGCCAACAGUCUGCAAGGCACGAUCGACGUGAAGCGGCUGGAGGGCAUCCUGCAGGAGAACCUGAAGAGCAAGGACCUUGGCUCCCUGUACUACGCUGUGAAGGGCCUCAAGCAGCUCAAUGCUAAAAUCCCUAACAUCUGUGAGGACUUAAAAACCAUAAAGUACGACCUCAAGAACAUUGAGCAAGUGUACUACCUGACCAACGCCGCAGCCCUCUCCAACUGUCUCAACUCGCUAAAGCCCGAGGUCCUGAGCGCCCCCGCCCAGACCCUGGACAAGAAAGAUGCCACCAUCCCUGAGCUGUACUAUGCUGUGUACUCGCUGAAGGCUCUUGGGAAGGGCUCAGUGUAUGACAAGGAGGAUGGGCUUAAGAAUCUCAUUCAGUUGCUGAAAAAGGAUGAUUCUCCAGCUAACUAUGGCUAUGUGUUUGGUCUCUGCGAGUACAUGGGCUGCCUGGCAUGGAACGCGCAGCACGCUGAGGGCGUGCUCCUGGCGGCCGAUGAGAGCGACGCCAAGGCCCUGCACUUCGAGGGAGGCCUGCCCGUCACUUCUCUAGUACUCUCCACUGUGCUCAGAACAUACAAGUCUCUGUCGAAGCCAUCUCCUUUGACGGAGGAACAGAAGCUGAAGUUCGCCACGUACCUGGUGUCGCGGCGCUCCGUCAACACGGCGCGAGGAGCUGCUCUGCUGCUGGAGGCUGCCCAGGCCCUCGCUGAUGACCAGCCCUCACCGAUCUCCAUCGCCAUCAAAGGCAAGAAGUACGUCUCGUCGGAGUCGGAGUCCAUCGAGAUCGCCAUCACGGACCUGCUCGGGCGCGCCGUCGCGGGCCUGAAGGCCGACAAGGUGCUCGCGCAGUCCGGCACCCGCCUCGCCGACGACGUCGUCGUGCUCUCCAAGCAACCCCUAACACAGAAGCCUAACGAUCCUACAACUUUUGUUCUAAAUCUGAGUAAAAUCAAAGCUCAAUAUGGGUUGUACAAGAUAGCCUUAAGUGCGGAUAGCAAGACGGCUAGUGUGAAUGUAGCGGUGCUGGGAGAGAUACAAGUGGGUAGUGUGGAGGUGGGCAUCGGGGAUGUGGACGGAACGACCAGCCCCAAGUUGACGACGGUGGCUUACCCGAACAAACUGGCUGAGAAGCUGCAGGCUGACCAUAUGCAGAAGGUGACCCUGAAGCUGACGGUGAAGGACAAGUACGGAGCCGCCGUGCUGGUGCAGCAAGCCUUCGUGCGCGUGGCGCCCGCCGCCGCCGCCGGGGAGCUGGAGGCCAUCUUCGUGGCGGAGCCCGACAACGCCAAGGCCUACAAAGUUGAUCUGAAUGUCGGUGCCAUUUCCAAGCACUUGAAGCACCGCUCGGGCGCGUACUCGCUCACGCUGUUCCUCGGCGACAGCGCGGCGGCGGCGCCCGUGGCCUGGCACCUCGGCGACGUGCACUUCAACUUCGGACACGAGCUCGCUUUACCUGCGACGCCAGCGCCGGCAGCCCGCGGGCCGCUCCCCGAGAUCGCGCACUCGUUCCGCGCGGCCGAGCCCCGCCCCCCGCGCCUCGUGUCCGACGUGUUCGCGGUGGCGUGCGCGGCUCCACUCCUGCUGCUGCUCGUGUUGUGGGCCAAGCUGCGGGUCAACCUCUCCUACAUGCCGUUCACGCUCAGCAUGCCGCUCUUCCAUCUAGGAUUAGGAGGUUCCCUGGCGCUGUACGGCGUGCUGUGGCUGCAGCUGUCCAUGUUCGAGACGGCGCGCUACCUGCUGCCGCUGGCCGCGCUCACGUUCCUCGCGGGCCACCGCCUGCUGCGCCGCCUCGUGCUCGCCAAGCACUAGCGCGCCGUGCUGCCGCAUCACACACGUCGACGUCACGCCACACAAAUCUAUGGAAAUUCCUUUACAAAAAAUGUAGCAUACGCUAAAUUCGGUGACGAUUCGGUGCGACCGACCCUAAACCUGUGACACUUGAGAAUAACGAGAUACUACCACGGAAGGCUCCCUGAGUACCUCGAGUUGUAACCGUUCACGGAGCCUAAUAAUAUCAACAAAAUGGAAGUCUAUGCGACGGUUAUUCAAUAUUACCUGCCUUAUCAACAUCGAGAACGCCAAAAACGAUCAAGCGUUUCAUAGGCAGAUUCUAAAACUAGAAACUGUCUAGUUUAUCUUCUAAAUAUUAAUAUUAGUAAUAUUGAGUAGCAAUAUGUGAAAUGAGGUGAUUUUUAAUAAGAUUCAGUGCGACCGUGCAUUGUUUACUGAAACUGAAUAGACUGCUAGACCUCAACUAAUAAUAGGAAAAUAAAUGCAUGGAACUACUGAAUUUAUUACAUCGGAAGUGAUAUUUAUAAACAUUAUCUGAGCAUUUCUUUUUUUGCCAUUAUUUUAAUUUUGAUUUUUAUAGAGUUUUAAGUCAAUUGUACUCAGAAUCACGAGUACUUUGGGAGCCAUCUCAAUGGAAGACAAAAAGUGUCCCAGAAUUUC